AUGGACGAGGAUAAUACGAAUUGGUUCCAGAAAUUGUAUAGAUAUCUCGCCGAGUUCGGGUACCCCGCGGUGGAAAACAUGACCAUCGAGGAGCUGGGUAACGUAUUUUCGCCGAAGAAUCGGUGCGAUUUCGUUUGUUGGUUACUCCGGUUUCUCGAUUACGAUGUCUCCGAGGAACGGAAAACGCCGGAAUGUCUGCAGAAAAUCGUCUGUAAUCUCGGAUUUUGUUCCUGCAAAGACGCCUUGCCGUUCCUGAACGGCACUUUGGAUUUAUCCCAACAAAUGAUAAUUUUCCAAAGAAUAUUCGAAUUCCUGCAACCGAUAGUAAAUAGUGAUAUUAACAUGCAGGAGGAAAGUUCUGUUAGUUUAGAGGAUGUAGAAAACCUGAUAGCAGGAAGUUAUUUACCUAAAUUCGUUAAAGAUGCUGGUACAAAAAAGGUGCCUGUAACCAACAGUACUACCGAGAAGACUCGGAAAGAUGAGAGAAAUAUUGAAAAUUCCUCCGAUACUAUUACUAGCGAUUAUGUAUUUGAUGCUGCUCGAAUUCCUGAAGAUAUCGAAUCAGAUUUACGGCAAUUCGAAGAAAUAUCAUCGAGACUUGAAAAAUUGGACCCCGUCGAUAGGAUUUCUAUAAGUACCCAAAUUUUCGAAGAUCUCCAGAAUUGUAAAGAAAACAUCAAGAAAAUUAAUCAAUACAAUAACGACUUGAAAACUAUAAAUGAAUUCAACACGAAAGCAAAUAAUAUUCUAAGCCGGUUACCUCAAUGUUCCUCAGCCUCCACGGAUUUGUUGAGGGGACUUUGCUCCACAGUGGAACUAAUAGAUGAUAUGAAUAAAGAUAUAAACUCUGUUCGCAAGAUUUAG